CUUGCCAUGUCCCUAAUUGCCUUCUUCACAAUAGUAACACUAGCCAGUGAGAUAAACAUGGCGGUUGGAGCAGCACGCGUUGGCUCCGCCGACACGAAGGCCCUCAUCACCGACGUCAUCACAGGGCGUUGGUUCGUGGUGUUCGCCUCCUUCCUGAUCAUGUCAGCCGCCGGAGCCACCUACAUGUUCAGCUUCUACUCCGGCGACAUCAAAUCAACCCUCGGCUACGACCAAACCACCCUCAACCUCCUCAGCUUCUUCAAGGACCUCGGCGGCAACUUCGGCGUCAUCUCCGGCCUCAUCAACGAAAUCACCCCGCCGUGGUUCGUCCUCGCCAUCGGUUCCCUCCUCAACUUCUUCGGCUACUUCAUGAUCUGGCUCGCCGUCACGAAAAAAAUUCCAAAACCUCAAAUCUGGCAAAUGUGUCUCUACCUCUGCAUAGGUGCAAAUUCACAAUCCUUCGCCAACACUGGUUCCUUGGUCACCUGCGUCAAGAACUUCCCACAAUCUCGUGGCGUUGUGCUAGGAAUCCUCAAAGGCUACGUGGGACUCAGUGGAGCUAUCAUCACUCAACUCUACUAUGCUUUCUAUUAUGAUGACUCCAAGGAUUUGAUUUUGCUCAUAGCGUGGCUCCCUGCUGCUAUUUCAUUCGCUUUUCUUCGAACUGUUCGGUACAUGAAGCCUGUUAGAACCCCCAACGAGCUUGGUGUUUUCUAUAAAUUUCUGUACAUUUCGCUUGGCCUUGCUGGGUUUCUUCUGAUGAUGAUCAUAGUUCAGAAAAAUGUCUCGUUUAAACAGAGUGAGUAUGGUGGAAGCGCUGCUGUGGUGAUUUUCUUGCUCUUCCUUCCACUUCUUGUUGUUUUCCUUGAACUGUCCAAGAUUCUUCAGAAUCAGAAGCUUUCAUUCGUUGAUCCAUCCCCGGUGAAAAUAGAAACCGAAGGAGCAAAAACAAAGGAUAAUGCGAAAACAGAGGAAAAGGUAAAAACAGAGUACUCUGUUUCAGCAAAUGAUGAUAACAACAACUCUGUUCACUCUGUUUCAGCAAAGGGUAGUGAAAAAGAAGAAACUAGGUGGUGGCAGGACAUUUUCAACCCACCUGAAAGAGGUGAGGAUUACACCAUUCUUCAAGCUCUGUUCAGUAUAGACAUGAUCUUACUCUUCAUCGCUGGAACUUGUGGUGUUGGAGGAACUUUAACAGCAAUUGACAACCUGAGCCAGAUUGGAACCUCACUCGGGUACCAAAAAUCAAGCAUAAGCACGUUUGUUUCAUUAGUGAGCAUUUGGAAUUAUGCGGGUCGUGUUUUCUCUGGAUUUGUUUCAGAACAUGUUCUGACAAAGUACAAUUUUCCACGGCCUCUAAUGCUGACUCUAACUCUGCUCUUAUCCUGUGUUGGUCAUAUUCUGAUAGCUUUCAACGUGCCCAAUGGUCUUUACGCAGCUUCGGUAAUCAUUGGGUUCUGUUUUGGUGCACAGUGGCCAUUGUUGUUUGCCAUAAUUUCAGAGCUGUUUGGGUUGAAAUACUAUUCAACAUUGUACAACUUUGGUGGCGUAGCGAGCCCAAUUGGGCUGUAUUUUCUUAAUGUGAGGGUUACUGGGUAUUUGUAUGACAGAGAGGCGAAGAAGCAGUUGGCGAUGGCAAGAGUUUCCAGAAAUGCUGGUGAGGAAUUGAAUUGCAUUGGGGCCAGUUGCUUCAAGCUGUCGUUUGUGAUCAUCACUGCAGCAACUCUUUUUGGUGCAAUUGUUUCUCUCGUUUUGGUGGCGAGGACAGUGAAGUUUUAUAAAGGGGAUUUGUACAAGAGGUACCAGGAGGAGGAGGAGAAGGUGGUGGUGGCUGAAGUAGGCGGCGCGGCUGAGAUGGCGGUGGUCCAAAAUGGCGGCCAGAAAUGACAAGAAACCAAAGAAGCCAAAGUUAGGUUGUGAUUAUUGGUGUAGGUCUGAGCUUGAAGUUGAGUGAAAGCAAAUUAGUAGACAGUGCCACUAGCCCAUGACUAUGACUUGGAGAAGAAAUAAAUGUACUGAUAUUUUUUUUCCUUUUUUUUUUAUAUUAAAAAUGUAGUUAGGAGUUAGUACUAGUUUUCUUCCAUCCCCAACUUUCUUUCACUGUAUUUGUGUGAUAAUUAUAGGCAACCAGAAUUAAUAUAUAAGGCUAUAUGUGUAUAAAUUAAAUUCUGUCCAGCUAAACCAUUA